UGCGCCAGUCAUCACGAUGGGAUACUGGUGCGCGGUGGUUAGCAUCUUGGCCUUCGCGGCCGUAGCGCUUGCAUCUGUGGGGGACAAUACCCUGGACGGUGGAGAACGAGUUGUCCUAGUUUCCCCAGUGCUCGCACCACCCAGAGACUCGGGGGCUAAUAAUGGAGCGCUUCGCGCCAGACAAUUCCCAGUUUUAGUGCUACUAUCUCGUCAAAGUUCUCCGGAUAAUGUGCGUGAACAUGAAGCAAAAUCAUUGGAUAGGAACCCCCGGCCAAUUUACGUUAAGAAACUAGAAGACCAAGAGGUACCAGGUCGCUCAAACCGUCAGCGCCGUCAUUUACACAAGAAGCAUUUCGGCUACUUUGUGGGCGGUGGGCACGGUGGCGGAUAUGGCGGCGGAUAUGGCGGCGGAUAUGGCGGCGGAUACGGUGGCGGAUAUGAUGGUGGAUACCAACAACCAGCCAAAACAAUUGUUGUGAAAGUCGUGAACCAAGGUUACGGCGGAGGUCACCACGGAGGCGGCGGAUAUCCCAGCGGCGGCGGUGGCGGCUACGGAGGCGGCGGUGGAUUCGGUGGUGGCGGCGGAUUUGGAGGCGGCGGUGGUUAUGGAGGAGGUGGCGGCGGCGGUGGCGGCGGCGGCGGUUACGGCGGCGGUGGAUAUCCUAGUCAUGGCGGUGGUGGCUACCCCAGUCAAGGCGGAGAGUGUGGAGGCGGAUGCGGCGGCGGCGGCGGUGGCGGCGGUGGCGCAACCGCCACUGCACAUGCUACUGCUCAUGCUUCUGCGUAUUCCAACUCAUAUUCCAACUCCUAUACGUACAGAAAACGCUAACUUUCGAUUGUGUAGUAAUCAAAUUGCUAAAAGUGAAGGACAAUAAGUACUGUGAGUCAAUUUUGAAGAUGUCGUUCUACCAAAAUAGCUUUAAGAAAAUUUUAUGAGUGUUACAUGGAAAAUAAUUUUUAACUUAAUUAAUUGUUCUAUUUUUAAUUAUAUAACAUUAUCAUCUAUUGUUGUUUGCUAUUUACCUGAAAUAUGUUAAUUUAGCAGUAUCAUAUUCUUGUAAUAUGAUUAUAAUAAUUGAAUUAACUGUACCUAGUAAUGAAUAGAUAGAGAAAGAAGAUUUAUCCAUGUAAUACCAGCAGUGAAGCAUUAAUAAUUCUAGC